ACCGUGUGGGAAUGGCUGAUCGGUGAACGGGGGUUGGACCGCUCCGAGCAAACGGUGCAAAAGAGUUUUAAAUGUCCGCCAUGUUGUCCAUGGCGUACUGAACCAGCGGUGGGGAGCGGAGCGUCGGGGAAAAUAGUCCGAAAGAGAGCGACCAAGAUCCGGGCCUUCCCGGCUCCGUUGGCGACGCCCUAAAACACAGCACCAUCCAGUCGAACGUUAGAAUUGAGACUAACUGCACAGAAUCAUCCAUGAAAGCUCCACUCGACACCGUUGUGAAUAUCAGGAGAUCGGAUAGAUUUAUAUUGAAUCUCGAAAUUUGAGAAAAAAAUGAGUAAAUUGUCGUUUCGGGCACGGGCGCUGGACGCUUCCAAGCCGUUACCCGUCUUCCGUUGUGAGGAUUUACCCGACCUACACGAAUAUGCAUCCAUUAACCGGGCGGUGCCGCAGAUGCCAACGGGGAUGGAGAAAGAAGAGGAAUCGGAGCACCAUCUCCAAAGGGCCAUCUCGGCACAGCAGGUGUACGGCGAGAAACGGGAUAACAUGGUGAUCCCGGUCCCCGAGGCAGAGAGUAACAUCGCCUACUAUGAGUCCCUUUAUCCUGGGGACUUCAAGAUGCCAAAGCAGCUUAUUCACAUACAGCCUUUCAGCCUGGAUACAGAGCAGCCCGACUAUGACCUGGACUCUGACGAUGACUCCUUUGUCACCAAGCUGAAGAAGAAGAUGGAGCUCAGCCUCCUGCAGUUUGAGGAGAUGGUUGACCGACUGGAGAAAGGCAGUGGCCAGCAGCUGGUGAGUCUCCCAGAGGCCAAACUUCUCCUAAAGGAAGACGAUGAACUCAUCAAGGAGGUGUUUGACUACUGGAGCCGCAAGAGGAAAAACUGCAAGGGCACCUCACUCAUCCCCAACGUCAAACAGGAGAAGCGGGAUGGUUCCAGCACCAACGACCCCUAUGUGGCCUUCCGCCGGCGCACUGAGAAGAUGCAGACCAGAAAGAACCGUAAGAAUGAUGAGGCGUCAUAUGAGAAGAUGCUGAAGUUGCGGCGGGACCUGAGCCGGGCCGUCACCAUCCUGGAGAUGAUCAAGAGGAGGGAGAAGAGCAAGAGGGAGCUGCUACACCUCACGCUGGAGAUCUUUGAGAAAAGAAAUGUCAUGUCUGAUUUUGGCGGGGAGAUAAUGGCAGAGGUGCUGGCCCAACGGGCACUGGUCAAACCACAGAUAAUCCCCCUGGUCCCUCUCAACAACCAGUACAGACACCAGGACCACAUGGACCUCAAGGACUACAAGUCUAAGCCCGAGAAGUUGGAAGCCCCCCGGCAGAAGAGGAAGUACGAGAAGAAGCAGAAGGUGUUGCCUCUGUCAUCAGUGGCACCCCAUCACUCGGGCCCUGUUGUCUUCAAUGCCAAGGACCUCAAUCAGUACGACUUCCCCAGCUCAGAUGACGAGCCCUUCUCUCAGUUGCACUCGGGCUCAUCAGAAGCAGAGGAGGAGAAUGACCCAGAUGGUGCCUAUGCCUUCCGCCGGAGGGCAGGCUGCCAAUACUAUGCUGCUCGUCAGGAGAGUAUGGGUAGCUGGCCGUGGUGCGGGCCUUGGGAGGGUGGCUUGGCAGAGGCCCGCUAUCGCUACAGCCUCACCACACUCACCCUACCACGACGCUGUCUGGGCAUGGCUCGACGACGCAUUGGCAGAGGGGGCAGGGUAUUGCUGGACAGGGCGCACACAGACUACGACAACGUGUUCCACGGGCUGGAUCCAGAUAUGCUUGACCCCCCUCUGACCCCCUCUUCUCCUGUUCCUCUCACCACUACUCUGUGCUCGUCGGCUGUUGACAAGUUCGCCAAUAACUCAGAAACGAAUACCUCGGACAGAAGCUCCUCAAUCUCCCCUUCUCCUUCCUCUCCUUCCUGCACGGACCUCAGUCAGAUACUGUUGAAUAUUAAGGCGUGCCGAUGGAGGCACUUUAGGCCACGGACACUACCACUACAUGAGCUGGACAAUGCCCACCCACUGUUCCGGAGGCUGAGUCGGAGCCUGAAGCACCGGGUCUCCUCCAUGGUCAGGGGCCAGCCCGGCAGCGCUCAAUCCCAGGGCAGGGUGGCCCCUGCACCUGCCCCUGUCACUGCUUUCACAGCCGAACAGUACCAGCAGCAUCAGGAACAGCUGGCCUUGAUGCAGAAACAGCAGCUGGAGCAGGUCCAGCAACAACAGCAAGCCAACAGUUCCACCACUGCCAACAGCACACAGGGUUUGGUGUUGAAGACUUUGGACCAGGCCAGCGCCCAGUUUGCUGCCUCAGCCGUAGUCACCACAGACCAGCUACUGGCCCUGAAGACAAAGGAGGACCCAGCCCUGGGAAGUGGAGUCAAUGGCGUCCUCUCACCCUCAGGUGUCUACAGGGGCUUGCAACUCCCGAGCACAGCGUCCCCAUCGCCUGCAGCCCCGGCCCCGCCCACCACCACCCUAAGCCCCGCCUUCCUCCACCCCAGCACCACCUCAACCAUGCACACCCCCUCCUCUGCCUCCGCUAACAACAACAACAACAAUGGCACCGCUCAUCCACCUGCCAGCAUCUCCAAUGCCAACACCACUAACACCACCACUCAGGUCCUGCUAGGGAACAGCAGCAACAGCCUCCGCCUGGGCGUUUCUACCACCAAGCGUGCACAUGCCCCCCGGACACUCAAUGCGGCCGUAUCAACGUCCGCCUUAAAGCUGGCUGCGGCAGCUGCAGCUACCGCCAACUGUCAGAAGCCCAAGGUCAACACAGCCUCGGGCUCAUCGCUGGACAUGGGGCCCAGGGAGAAUCACGAUCAAGACAAGCCGGCACUGAACAGUCUAUCAGAGAACACAGUGGCCAUGGAGGUCACGUAGCCUCCUACGCACAACACCAGGGGAGGGAAGCCUCCUAGUUCCUUGGCUUUUGUUUGAUUUUUUUCCUUUUCUUUUUUUUUCUUCCCUCCUUCCCCCCUUUAUUUUUUUUAUUUGAUUUUUAUUUUUUCUAAGGUGCUAUGCAUCGUCUGUAAGAGUCGUGAAUGCAAGCUGCGGCAGAAUGAGCACAGCAAUGCUGUGUUUCCAUGGCAACAAUUAUUGGGACUUAAUUGCAAUGCUCGUCUCGUAAAGUUGUCCCCCCGUUUCCCCAUUUGUUACUGUUCAAUAAGAUCAGCGUCUGUAAAUUAUGAAUAUGGCGAUUAUAUGUACAGUACUGCAUAUUUGUAAUACCCCCUGCCCCACCCCGACUCCACCUCCUCCUCCUAUACCUCUUCUUGUAUAUAACAUUACUUGAAUACAGAAUUGUUCAUUUGUGAUGUUUUGCACUCGGGAAAUUAAAAAAAAAAAUCAAAUUAAAAAGAAAAAAAUCGACAAACUCCAACUGAUGCGAGUGUGAGGUUUGAGAGUUGCAUCGCAGUAAAGUGUCAUCACGUGCAUGGUGCGGAACCUGUUGUUUGAUCUAUUUAUUGUGCCGUGUUUACAAAGCUGUUUGUUUUUUGUUUUGUUUGUUCAUUUCAAUCAUCCGGUUUUUUUGGUUUUUCCUUUGUUCCCAUCAUUCUUUUUGUACACUACCUUUCACCAGUUCCCCUGCUGUUGUCGGUGUUUAGCUAGAUGUUAACUUCUCUCUCUCUGUCGCUGUAAUUGGUUUUUGUUUUUUUGUCCCCCCCCCCCCCCUAUGUUGUGAACAUGGCCGGGGUUUUGCGCGUGGUAUUGGGUUUCCCUCCCCUGGUUGUUCCGCUGCUGUCAUGGUGAAGCCACACUGAUGUGCGUUCAUGACCGGGACAGGCGGAAGGAGAGGAAAAGGUGUGAAUUUGUUCAGCUGAGGCAUCAGUUUGUGAGUGGGUUAAUCUGUUCCUGCAAAGCUCUUCCAUACAUAAAUUAUUCCAGUGACAAGUAACAAAACAAUGGGGAUGAAGACUUUCCCAGAAGACCUUGCUGCUUCUGACUUAUCUAAGCACUAUUUUUUUUCCAGUUUCAUUGAUUGAUGCUGCUUUUUAUAUUAUUUUGGUCUCUGGUUUAUGCCAGCAGGCCUGAUUAUUAACUUUUUUUUCCCUUAAAAACAGAUCCCCCCCAAACAGACUCACACUUCUUAUUUUGUGAAAAAACUUGUUAUUUUUUUAUCUGCCUGUAUGAUCCUCGUUGAAAGACUUCAUUCUUUUGUUACUUGUUGUUCUAAAACAAAAAAAUAACAGAUAUAAGGGAGAAAAAAAUGCAGUAACUGUUGGACAUUAAACAUCAUUCCAGUUUCUAUGUAAUACAAGAAGGAAAAAAAUGUAUUGAGUGGGGGGGAAGAAAAAGAAAUGGCCAUUUUUUGGGUGUAGAAUUCUCCAGAAGGCUGCAAGGCCAUGAACCAUAAGUUAUCGGGUGCCUUCCUUUUGGGAAAAAAAAAACAAAAAACAAAAAAAAAUUUAAAAACAACAUAUGAGCUCUCUUCUGUGAAGAGUUUGGUACUGAACAAGGCUACUUGUAGUUUCUCUUUGUCUGUACCAUAAUCCCAGUGCCCAUUCCAAUGGCCCAGUUGAUUCACGACUUUUUGUUGUUGUUUUUUGUAGACACCCCCUCCCCACAUGAAACAUGGGAAAGAAAGAAUCUUCUUGAAUUCUCACAAAAAGAAAUAAAAAUGCAGGGCAUUAUGUGUUUUG